UUUGUAGGCGCAGCAGCAGAAGUGUAGAGGAGGAGGAGAGGCAGGCGAGACUUCAGCUCACUGUUUGUGGUUCACGCUUAUAUAAUUUCACUUUUGUCGGCUGCUUUGGUUAAAUCCACCGUUUCUGCUGCUGAUUACCGACUGUUUGAACCGGGGAUGGCCGAACCGAGCGCCAGAUAUCAGCAGCUGCCGAACGAAGAGGACCCAGAUGAGCGGCCACAGGCUGCAGCUGACGCUCCUCCUCCAUACAGCACCGUCGCAGAAGACAACGCAGCGUUCUUUCAGUACAAGGAUGAUGGGAGUUUCCCAAAGCCUCCCUCCUACAACGUGGCCACUUCUCUGCCAUCGUACGAUGAGGCCGAGCGCUCCAAGGCGGAGACCACCGUUCCCUUGGUAACAGCCAGAGACGAUGACUUUGUGACCAGGGAUGAUUUUGAAGACGCGGAUCAGUUGAGGAUAGGAAACGACGGGAUCUUCAUGCUCACCUUUUUCAUGGCCUUCCUGUUCAACUGGAUCGGCUUCUUCCUGUCGUUCUGUCUGACCACUUCGGCGGCCGGUCGCUACGGCGCAAUCUCCGGGUUUGGCCUGUCCCUCAUCAAAUGGAUCCUCAUCGUCAGGUUCUCCACAUAUUUCCCGGGGUAUUUCGAUGGACAGUACUGGUUGUGGUGGGUCUUUCUGGUUAUGGGUUUCAUGCUUUUCCUCCGAGGCUUCAUCAACUACGCCCGGAUCCGCAAAAUGGCCGACUCCCUCUCCACGCUGCCCCGCACCCGAGUCCUGUUCAUCUACUGAUCUGAGAAAUCUCCACACCAUUUCUCUAUGCCCCGCUAUAACGGGACUCUCAAUCUUUAUUUAACAAAAGGGGGACUGCGUAAACGUAAUACUUGGUCUAUUCGUCAAUCCGUACAAUAUUCAUAACCCAUUUUGAUAUAAUAUACUGACAAAUAUAAGUUUCUAAUUAUCAUGUCAAGUGCUUUUGCAAUUACAUUCGGGAAUUUUACAACGCCUUAUUUUUUGUGCAUAGCAGCUGCAUGCCCCGUCGAUUUUUAUCACAGCCACCAGAGGGCAGUGUCACACCAUGUUAAAAUCUUUUCCCAUUGCUCCGAGGUAAAUUCAUUUGUAUAGAUAGUUUAUAUAUUGAUUUAUGCAAUGUAAUGUAUGUCAGAUUUUAACUCCACCGAUCAAAUGCUUUUUAUUCUUUGUUAAAUUAAACUGUUUAUUUUUAGUCUGUGAAAUGAAUCAGGGGAAUUGUGGCAGGAAAGGGGAUUUCUGUGGUUAGGUAUCCACUAAGCAUUUUUCCACAUGACUUUGACAACUGAUUAAUCAAUAAAUAUUAAAACACUGUAGUGACGCUGCACAGAAAGGUGAGUCUACUGUAAUUAUCUUGAUUGGGAAAUUAAAAUAAGCAGAAAUCUAGAGGUGGUUGUGGUUGGGUAAAUUAAUGGUAUUAAAAUCACUGGUUUUUGUGUUUUUGUAGAUGUCUGUGGAUUAAACCUUAAGAGAGAAUGUUUGUAAUGAUGGAUUUUGUUAAAACGGUAAAUUAAAAUCAGUUGUUCACCA